CGUGACCGCCGCAUUUCACCGUUUCUCAAUGCUUUGGAUAGUUUGGUGCCAAAACAGCUCUGAAGUAAGGUGAGGGUUGGUGGUGAUUUUCAUUUUUUUUGGGUAUUCCCCCUUCUCUACACAUGCAUCUAUAAUUUAUGCAAAACUUGCGGUCGGAAUAAACUUGUAGUUUUAGUUAAUUUCCUUCUUAUAUUUAUGGUGCUUUUUUUUCCACAACGAAAGAAGCACCGGACUUGUGAAACAGAACAUGAUAAUGGUUUAAUGCCUAGACGUUUAGUAUCUGGAGAAGAACGCUGGGUCCAAGUUAACUCUCUUCUGACUACAUAUUGAUCAGCAACGUUUAUAAAUGGAGACGGAUCCCCUGUUAGUGUCACCGCAGGAAAAUACAUCACCAUGCCGCGGGCUGGAUACCAGUUCAUGUUCCAACCCCGACAGUGGUUAUUAUGGGGGGACUCUCAGGUCAAGGAGAUUUUCCCGUACCGCAACAGAAUCGGCAGCAUGCAACAUGAUACAACAAGAUGAUGGCGACCUCUAUAUGCAGCAAGCUACUGUGUUCAUUGAAGAUGCUGUACAGUAUCGAUCAAUAAACCAUCGAGUGGAUUCCAAAUCACUGAGACUUUAUCGCUGGUACUAUUCCAAGAUCUGCCAAUGGGGUUUGGGUGCUACCAUCUUUGUCAUUUUGGCCGUGGCGUUUAUCGAAAAGCCUUCGUCUUUGACGGUGACAUCAGACGUUCGCUACCGCAUGGCGCCCUGGGAGCCACCGUGUGGUCUGACAGAGAGCAUCGAAAUGGUCUGUUUCCUUAUCUUCGUGGCUGACGUGGCUGUAAAAAGCUAUUUAAUUGGCUGGGAGGAGUUUCGGAAGAACAAAUGGCUCAUAGCCUAUAUCUUUGUGAUUGCAUUUUCAAUGUUGGACUGGAUGGUGUCGCUCGGUCUGCACUGUGAAGAGGCUUUAAGAGUUCGAAGACUCCUUCGACCUUUCUUUCUCCUUCAAAACUCGUCACUAAUGAAGAAGACUUUAAAAUGCAUUAAAAGAUCCCUUCCUGAAAUAAUAAGUGUGAUGUUGCUGUUGGCAGUCCAUCUGUGUCUUUUUACAAUGUUUGGCAUGCUGUUGUUUGCCCGGGGAAAGGAUUCUAAUGGGAAUGCAGAAUGGCAGGCUUACUUCAGAAACCUACCCGAUUCACUUACUUCAUUACUGGUGCUCCUGACAACGGCAAAUAAUCCAGAUGUGAUGAUCCCUGCAUACUCAAAGAACAGAUUCUAUUGCAUCUUCUUCAUUCUUUUCUGUGGUUUUGGAACCUACUUUUUAAUGAAUUUGCUGACUGCCAUCAUCUACAAUCAGUUCAGGGGAUAUUUGCUGAUCUCUAUUCAGACGUCCCUGCUAAGGAGGCGCUUGGGGAUCAGGGCAGCGUUUGAAGUGAUGUGUUGUCAGGGCCAGUCCAUGGCGAGCAUAAAUGAGCACGUGGAGACUGUCAACACUGAGAUGGUCUUGAAGAUUCUGCAGGGGGUGCAUAUCAAGCCUUUUUACAAAGAAGCCAUAAUCCAGAAAACUCAGCAAUGCACUGAUGGUUCAAUAUCAGCCAACCAGUUUCAGAAACUUUUUGAUGAACUCGACAAGGACACAAUCAAACAGUACCCUCCAAAGCCAGAUUACCAGCACGUGUUCCUGCAGAAACUACAGUUCAUCUUCAGCCAUCAUUACUUCAGUGUUGCAGGGAAUGUUGUCGCGUUGGCGAAUAUGGUCUGUAUUUGUACCGCUCUGGUGAUUGAUGCAGAUAAGGCCGUUUCAGAACGCUAUGAUUACUUUCUGGGGGCGAUUAACUGCUUCUUCAUUGUGUACUACCUGCUCGAAAUGAUACUGAAGAUUUUUGCUUUCGGGUUCAAAGGCUACGUAUCUCACAGGAGUAAUAUAUUUGAUGGAUUUGUGACCGUCGUUUUACUGUGUCUGCAGAUCACCAUUUUUGCUACAUACAGUUUCCCACAUCCUCGGUGGGACCCAGAUGUGAAGGCAUUUAUGUCUCUGUGGGAGAUGGUCCGUUUGGUGAACAUGCUGAUUGUGUUCAGAUUCCUGCGGAUUAUCCCAAACAUCAAGCUGAUGGCUUUGGUGGCCAGCACCCUGCUUGACCUGGUAAAGAAUCUCAGAGCCUUUGCUGGAAUCCUGGUGGUUGUGUACUACGUCUUUGCAGUGCUUGGUAUCAUGUUGUUUGAAGGUGUUAUUACAGCUCCUGGGAAUAUGAGUGCGGUUGUCAACUCCAGUGCCCCGAAUACUACAGUAAACUACACUGCAACAUGUGGCACUUACGAGCAGCUCGAGUACUGGCCAAACAACUUUGAUGACUUUGCGGCAACUCUGGUUCUUUUGUACAAUAUCAUGGUUGUGAACAACUGGCAGGCCUUCAUGGAUGCGUUUGCCAGAUACUCAACCCCGUGGUCAAAGCUGUACUUUGUGGCCUGGUGGUUAACCUCCUCUGUCAUGUGGGUCAACCUGUUUGUUGCUUUAAUUCUAGAGAACUUCAUCCACAAGUGGGAUAGAAUCCAUCACAGUUCCAUCUCCGAUGAAGAUCAAGCUGAGUGUCAGAUGACAGUGCAGUCGAUGUUCAGAGAGUUUCUAAAGGAACCAACAGAAGAGGAACUUCUUUCAAAACUGGAGCAGCACCCUCACUUGAACAUCAAGCGUUGAUCGCAGUAACACUGAGAGAGUCCAGCAGUGUCCCAAACUGGGUCUCUUUCAGUAUUGCUGAUGAUGAUUUUUAUUGAUUUGAUUUUGGCUAUUUUUAAGCUGUAUGUGUUUUUUUUUUUUGUUUUUUUUUAAAUUUGAUUUUAAUAAUGUAUUUAAAUUUGUUUAUUUUUUAAAAGAGGAUCAUUUUACAAAGUUUAGCCUCUUUUUAAUUAUUUUUUAGAAACAUAAUUGAUUUUUGAAUAACCCGGUUAUAGAAUCUGUACUGACUCCUGAAAUAUUCUAGAUGCAUGCUAGUUAACUACAGGUACAGUAUAUGGAUUUAACUAUAUAGACUAUAAUGGUGAAGCACACUUGUAGUCUAGCUACCAUUAACUGUGCCACUUGUCUACAGAAACCACUCUGCUGAAUCCCUGUGUAUAGAGUUCUUCUGUUGAAUCAUAAAAGCAGCAUUGAUAGAUCAAGGUUGUACGUUUGUGCAGCUAGGUUUGUUCUGUCCCCUUUUGAAGGAUUUAAGAUGCGCCCGCUGUUUUAAAUUGUGUUAAAGCUUUGAGAAGAGGGUGUAGUUCUUCUUGCACAAAGUUCUCAAAUUGAGUGGGUUGAAUCUGCAGAAUAGGGAUGAGACGAGAACCUUGCACUCUAUACAAAUGCACCUGGUGGAUGUUGCUGAUGUUUCUAACACUAAAAUGCACUUUUUUCAUUUUAAUUUUGUUGUCUGAAAAUAUCUGUGGCUUUCGACUGUGUGCCUUUUUAAAAACUGUUAUUACUGUGGUGGUCUUCUCUCUUAUAAGUAUUAUUAUCCAUAACACUCAAUAGAAAAAUGACCAGGAAACAUCAGGUUUUCAGAUGCUACUCCUGUGAUAUACGUUUGAGUUUGUUGCCAUUCUUUAACAGGUUUACCAAUGUCUGUGCCACUAAAACUUUACCCCAUGUCAGCGGUGCACAAAUCUGGCCCUUGUGUUUUAUAGGUAUCAUUCUAUAAUGAACUCAUUAAGACCUGCAAGGAGGUUAAAUUAAGCAAUGUGUGGUACAGGUGGAACAAAGAACCAGAGGAACGGAAUUGCGCAGCCCUGAAUGUAUUGCUGGCAGUGUGGCUGUGCAGUGGCUUUGUCUCCUUCUGCUGACAGAAUGUGGUAUUUCUGUAAUUAGUUAAAGAAUAAUAAAUAAAUUUUCUUUCUCAUUCUACUGGUAUUUCAAAUAGACCUGUAAAGCUGUUUUGUUUUGAAAUGCGCUGCACAUAUCAUUAUAUACUACAGGUUGUACAAACAGACUUUGAAUAUUUUAAAUAACUUGUGAGUUAAAAUUUUAAUAGGCCCCACAAUAUUUGUAUUGAACCAGAGCGCACGCACACACGCACAUGCACAUGCACACGCACACGCACACACAUCUAGCUGAUGUUCUCUUGCCACUGGGUUUGCACCUACCUGAUUUACCUUGACUAGCUACAGGACUUUAAGCAUAGCCAUUACUCUGGGCAGGUUUUGUAGAUGUAUCACAAUUAGACCACACGUUGUAAUACCUUCACAAAACAUUUUUGGUAUAGGAACCUGGGAAGUACCCUGUAUUCUUCACAGCAUGCUAAAUAACAACUGCAAAGACUUUGUGAUAGCUAGUGGUUUUCUUUCGUUAUUUCCCUCGAGAAAAUACAGAACUACUUAGUAACUCAUCUUGUGACCUCUUAUGAUUCAGAGUUUAAAAUUGUGGAUGUUUUUAAAUCAUUUGACUUGCAUCACAAGUAUGUUUUUCCAAUCCCCAUUGUAAUUGUGUUCUCCUUUUGUCUCAAAUCUCAAAAGUAAGCUGCAAUUGGCUGUCAUAUAUGCAGUGGUUUAUUAACGUUUAUUAUUCUUUAAAAUUGUUAACUUUAAAUCUAUUGUAAGUCAAGUGCCCACUGUUGCAUAUCACAUGUUUGUACCUUUUUGAAGAAUUCACUUUUAUACAAUUUGAUUUGCAGCUUUAUGUAUUAUCAUAUUUGUUGAAUGUUGAACUAUAGUCUCAGAAAGGUGCUAUUUAAUAAAAAGUAAAUAAACA